UAGAUCUGUCUAUUUAGUUGACUUCAAAAAGUUUCAAUUUUUAUGUGUUUUUUUAAAAUUUUGAAUAAUAUUUGGGUCAUAAUCUUAUUAAGAACUUUGUUAUCACUAAUCUUUUUUUUGUAGUUUGUUGUUGGGGUUCAUGUGUUUUAGUGCAUUGUGGUAACUAAGUUUGGAUACGGAGUUAAGAUUUUGAGUUUAUGUGUUUCGGAUUCUAAAAGAAUGUGGUUUAUUGGGUUCUUGAUGUAUGAUUUAUGCGUAUUAAGUGAAUUUUUUAAAGUCAAAUACGAGGUUUGAGCUAAAGCUAUUGGAUUCGAUUGAACCUAUACGUACACCUGUCUAUCUCAGUUUAGAUCUGUCUAUUCAUUUGACUAUGAAAAGUUUCAAUUUUUAUGUUUUUUUCUUCUUAUUUUUGGGUAUGGGGUUUUAUAUGGUCAUAAUCUUAUUAAGAACUUUGUUAUCAUUAAUGCUAUUCAUUGAUUACUGAGUUAUUCAUUGAGAUUCAAGUUUAGUGCAUUGUGGUCACUUAGUUGAGAUGGUGAUUUUAUAAAGAUUCAUUUUUUCUUUGUUUUUUUUUCAACUUUGGGGUCUAUAAUCUUGAAUUUGAUUUGGUGUAUACGUCGUGGAGUUAUGUAUAGUUGACAACCUACUGUUAACGAUUGUGGUCUACUGGUAAGUAUUACUAUAUCCUUAACUAGAGGUCUAGGUAUUGAGUUGCUUUCGUAGGGACUUUUCGAUGUGAAUCCAGAAAAAUCGGACCCCAAAAGCAGGUACCAAACAUCGGUGGCAAACAAAUGAAAGAAAGUUGAUAACUUUGUGGUCCUCCUGUAAUCUUGAAUUUGAUUUGGUGUAUACGUCGUGGCGUUAUCUAUAGUUGACAACCUACUGUAGAAGAUUGUGGUCUAGUGGGUCUAACUAAAUACUAUCUGGUAGAUCAAUCCGAGAAAAUUUGAAAAAUCAUGGCUCAAACGUUAGAAGCCACUAAAGUCGGUGGAGGUUCGAUUAAAGUGGGAACUACAGGUAAAGUUAGUGCAUUGAUGUCAAGAGAAUUACAUUCCAAGAAACCGUCUUCUCAGGCACCAACAUCAUCUAGGAAUAAAGCUCCUACUGUUUGUGGUUUCAUCGCUGGUAGCGCGACUAGUCCAAAGAGAAUGAAGACGAGAACACCAAGUGAUGAAGCAAGCAGCAGCGGAACAACAUCUAAGCAUAAUACUAAAAGCCCCGAAUCGUUAAGGAAGACGAAGCACAACAGCAGAAAAACACAUCAAAUUCCAAUACUAGAAUCAGAAAACAUUUCAGUAGAUGGAACUCCUAUUAGCAAGAAACCUGACAGAAAGGGACCUUACAUGGUGGAAAUCGUUGACGUAAAAUGCAAAAGUAUGGACAGAACUUGGGCUACCCCUAUAAAAAAUAGCCUAAAGAAGCUCCGUUUCACAAAGCUAUCUGACAGCUCGGUCUAACUGCUAUGUUGCUCGGACUCUCCAAAAAUACACUACUUUUGAAGAAUCUGACAUGCAUCCAGCCACAGUUUUGAAGAGUCGGAGCAACAUAGGAUCUAAAGUACACGACAAGCUUCAAACGUCAGCCUUUUAGAUUCCUGUAAGUGAAUCUUGAUAUAGCAGCUGGUGGAUUACAUUCUGCAACUUCUACCAUUGAACACAUACUAGGCAUUAUCAGCUUACUAGUCCUUUUCUUUUUGGGAUUCGCGAUCAACGAUCCAAGCCUUGGUCUGCUAGUAGAAGCCACAUCUGAAACUUGACGUGACUUGUGAGUUAUGUUACUCAGACUCUUCAAAAACGUUGACUGGUGUUGCGUGUCAGAUCCUCCAAAAGUAGUAGGCAACGUUUUUGGAGAGUUCAAGCAACAUCUAUGCUGGUAUAGUUGUAGCUUAUUGAAGUACUCUAUUUCUCGUAAUACGAGGGAUCCAACGGUUCCUCUGCUGCCUAUCUCAACAAGAGGAUUAUUUGCAGCAACUGUAAAGCCUAAGCCAUUAGUUUUAUACUCAAAUCUUUGCAUUAUAUGAGGGAAAAUUGUGGUAUGAAGUUGACAAAAAGUGUGUUUGAUAUGUGAAUUGGUAUUUUUUGGUUAUAAAGUGAAAACUAUAGUCUUGAAUGAAGAUAGGGAGGCCCCUAUGAUCACUUCAUUCAUGUGCUUCUUGUUAA